UCUCAUUCCUAGACGUAUGGUGCUCAUCACAAAUUGUUUGCUUCGGAACCGGCGGAAUAUCGGAUAUCGGGAUAAAUCCGGAUUCAAUGGGUUACGGGACAAUCGGUGGUAAUUUCUCCGCCCGCAAUUGCCCCACCUGGGGCAUCCUGACCCAUGGGCAACUUCGUGCCUGCCUCGCGGCAGGCGUAAAAAUCACAAGAACAACACCACUACGAUAUUCGCCCACGUAUGAAUAGGCUUCAUUUACGCCUGCUACUAGCGAUACCUUGCGACCUGUGAUAUGAUCAAACCAACAGGAAUAAGCCGGUCUUGGCUGUUUCUC